ACAAAAAUACAACCCUGUGAACUACUGCAGCCAACUUCCGAACGAAUGAAAAACGAGCGAGUAAAGGAAAUUACUGUUCAGUGGGUCUAUUUUACUUCCUUUUCUGUCAAAAUAAUUGACCAAGAUGAUUGGCUCCAAGAUUAUUAAGCCUGGUGGUGCUGAGCCCGAUGAUUUUGAGAAAUCCAUUGCUCAAGCUCUCUUGGAGUUGGAGGCCAACAGUGACCUCAAGCCCUACUUGAGAGAUUUGCACAUUACACGUGCCCGUGAAAUUGAAUUCGGCAACAAGAAGGCUGUCAUCAUCUAUGUGCCCAUUCCCCAACAAAAGACCUUCCAAAAGAUUCAAAUCAUUUUGGUUCGUGAAUUGGAGAAGAAAUUCUCUGGCAAACAUGUCGUUGUUGUUGGCGAACGUAAAAUUUUGCCCAAACCCACCCGCAAGGCCAGAAACCCCUUGAAACAAAAGCGUCCACGUUCCCGCACCUUGACCGCUGUCUACGAUGCCAUCUUGGAAGAUUUAGUCUUCCCUGCUGAAAUCGUUGGCAAGCGUAUCCGCGUCAAGUUGGAUGGUUCUCAAUUGAUCAAGGUUCAUUUGGACAAGAAUCAACAAACCACCAUUGAACACAAAGUGGACACCUUCACCUCGGUCUACAAGAAACUUACCGGUCGUGAUGUCACUUUUGAAUUCCCCGAUAACUAUUUGACCAUGUAAAUUGUGAAAAAUAAAUGUUAUUUUUUAUAUAGUGAAAAUGUUGUUCAACACUA